AUGUCAGCUGAGAGAAUUCAAAGAAAAAUAUUAACUUAAUUCAAUGAUGAAUAAGUUCAUAAUAAUCAAGAUUAAUGUACAACAACUUAGUUUAAAUAAAGCAACAAUUAUAAUGUUUUUUCUCAAAAUAUUGCAUUCACUGAGAAAUAUUGUAAAAGCAAACCAAUUAUAACAUAAAGUAUUUUUAAAUUAUAUAAAAAGGAAGUCUCUUGAGUUUAACUCCUCAAAUCAGUUAAAGAAGAGGUUCUCAAACUUUGGCAGACUUAACUAUUAUAAACUAAGCAGAUGUAUAUAUUUUUUUGAAAUUUUAGAUAUUAGUUUAAAACCAUUAUGAAAAACAAUUCCUCUAUAUUAUUUAUUGGUAUGAUUCGAAUAUUGAUCAUAAAUAUGAAAUUCCAAUAAAAACUUCUAAUAUUUAAAUUACAAUUGGAGAUCUUAUUUAACUUGCAAUAACUUAGUUUAAUGAAUAAAAUGAAUAUUUAGAGUCUCCAAUUUCUUCAGAAGUAAAUAAUUAAUAUUUGUUUCAAUUAUACAUUCCGAAAAAGAAAAAAGGAAUUCCCAAUGAAGAUUUUCCAUGUAAUUUUUGAAUUCUAUAUUAGCCUUUGCCAAUUCAACCUUGUUAUCUCAGACCAAUCAAACAGAGUUUUCUCUUAAAGUUUCUCCAAAAUAAUCGAAAUAUUCAACUAGUCUAUCCAAUUCCAAAUAUUCAUCAACAAUAAAGAAAAAUGAAAAAUAAGGGCCAGGCUCAAAAAAUUCUAGUACGAAGAAAAAUCUAUUUAAAAAAUUAUUCUUUUUUUGUAAUUAAGCCGAAGACUAUUGAAAAUUUUCGAAGAG